AUGGCGGUCGUCGUCUCCAUCUUCUGUCCUAAUGCGACACUCUUGAUCUCUGAAAACCGUAAUCCUCCUAAACUUGACCAGAAAUUCAACAGUUCUCGCCUGAGUUUUCAUCAUCUUCCUCCGAAAAACAAGCAUCAAGGUCUUCGUUGCUCAUCGACGCCUUCGAAUCCAGACCCUGAAUCUCCUCAAGAUGGGGAAGAGCAAGAGAGCGUGGGAGUCAAAGCAGCUUUAGCGGUGCUGAGAUUCUACAAGAGGGAGAUAUCGCCGGUGUUACCUAGAAGCUGCCGUUACGUCCCGACUUGCAGCGAAUACUCAAUGGAAGCUUACAAGAAAUAUGGAUUUCUCAAAGGCACCGUCCUUACCACUUGGCGUCUCUGCCGCUGCAAUCCUCUCGGUGGAUCUGGAUUCGAUCCUCCAAGGUGGUUUGAUGAGAGCGAAAGCAAGCCCCAAGAAGGAGAAGCAGAAGAAGAAGCUAACUAUGGCGAUGAGGAGGAUCAAGCAGAGAUUUGA